CAAACAUAGUGAUUGUGAUGUACAAACUAAUCCAGAGCCCCUCCUUAUCUCUGGCUCCAUGCUGAGACCUUUCCCCUCAUCGACUUUUCCUCGAGGCUUGAAAUAAUGUCAUUACCCCACUGGCAGUACGAUGAGAUAUCUCUGGAAGAUCGAAUAACUGACCAGCAGGUUUCUAAUAGUCUCACUAUAGAUUUACCUGGUCUAGAAGAGGAAGCAAUCAGAUUGUCUGAGGAUCAUCCGGAUAGCUUGACCGACAAGAUCGCGCCAAAUAGCCCUCGAACAUCUUAUGCACUGGUUCCCAAUGCCGUCAGUCCUACUAAACAGCAGCAAUAUGCAGCUCGAAGAAUACAUUGGAUAUCACCGGUUAUAAUGGUGGUCUCGCUGCUUUUUGGUGUCGCCUUGACUGUCGGCCACCAUAGCUAUUACAGCACAUUGAACGGCCAAGAAGUUGGAUCGUCAGGGAGACAACAAUGGUCACUACGAUUUGGCAACGCUUUUGCUGUAAGCACGAGCUUGUGUUUAAAGAUAGCAGUCGGGAUCGCUUAUUUACAAGUGCUUUGGAGACGUUUGAGCAAGCGCCAUACAUCCGUACGCACCAUCAAUUCUUCUUUCGAUAUCCAAGGCAACCCAUUCUCAUUUUUCAACCUUGAGCUUUGGAGGAACAUACAAAUCGGUGUUUUGCUGGCACUUAUUAUCUGGUGUCUUCCUGUACCGACUUUAUUCGCUCCAGCUACUUUAUCUGUUCGCCAACAGACAAAUUUUGAUUCCGAAAUGCUUCAAGCUCUUACCCUAGAUGUUGAUAACGCAGUCCAGUUUUCUUUUUCUCGAAAUGGGUGGGGUCCCACGCCUCAGCUUGAGAGGGUCGCGGGUGCCGUCGCAUAUGGCGGGAACAUACUACCCUUUGACUCUCCCUCUUCAAAACCAAAUAUAUCGUAUGCGGUAACUGCAUAUGCACCUCUAGUUCGUUGUCAAGCCGCCAAUGAAACAGAACAGUCCCGGCUACUGGAAGCUGCAUCUAGAUGGGUAGACGCACCUGAGCUGUCAAGCAACAACAGCGCAAAAUGGCCCACGACUGAUGGAUUUGAGAGCGGGGAGAUCGGUUACCUGGCAGUAUAUGAUGAACAUGAUAAUUUGACCAUGGGAGGGUACGUCAAGCUGUACGACAGCAUCUUGUUGGCACUACAACGGAAGAAUACCACGUCGGAGUACCAGUCGGAUACGGAAUACAUCAGCUGUCGUCUCUGGAACGCCACGCUCGGGUUCUCCAUUGGCACUAUAUCAGGGAGAUCGAGGGUGGAAAAUAUCACAAAGACCUGGCACAACCAGAUCAACGGCGAAGCCUACUUUGAUAGUAGUCUGAGAAACACUUCGGACCCGAGCGCCCACGGGGCAUACUUCGCAGCCUUAACGAAAUAUAUUGUUGGCACGGGGUGGUAUCAUACGACGCAGUCCCGUUACGACGACUAUAUCACGAUGGACGGGGAAGUGUUUGGAUCAACUCUGUCGUAUAACUCGCAAUUCCGCAAUAUGACCAUGGAUAUCGCUAGCCACGUCGCUUCAUUCGUGACGCCUGAGAUUGUCAACAAAGAGAAUCUCCGCAACACGAGUUUUGGCGAAGACAUUGAGCAGCUUGCUCUUAAUACUUCCAUCAGUCUCUUUACGGAUUCGCAAUUUUGCAAAUAUACAUCGACCAACGUGACUUCACAGACAACUCACACAGUGUACAACUACCAGCCACAGAACCUCUUUAUAUCCUACGGCCUCGCUAUACUGUUCUCCGUUCUCUCUGUUGGACUUGGUGUUUACUCGUUUUACCUCAACGGCGCCAGUUACGAUGCGAGUUUCUCCAGCAUUGGUGUCGCCAUGCAGAAUGAAGAGGUGAUUAAGCUAAUGGACCAAGCCAACGCAACCAUCACUCAACCGCUGAACAAGGAGGCGGGGACUAUCAAACUGCGAUUCAAUCCUGGACAAGGCUUUUUUGCGAAGGACGUCCAGAGUAAAGACCUUGAAAACUGAUCAACGAAUGUUUAAUCUAUAAUGUGUUUGCCCGAAAUUCUCUCCCGAGGAUCUAAAUUUCUUAAUGACACCCUU